GCAGACGAAAUUCACGAGAGCUGACUGAGACUGAAGCAGUGAGGAAAUGAGACUGAAAAGGAGGAGAAAGGCCCAAGUGAGCGGAUGGAGGGUGGUACGCAGAUGCGUCCUGUUCUUCACGGCGGUUUGCGUGGUUCCCGUGCUGCUGGUGCUGCUGGUCGCCACUGAUCAGUACAUGAGACCUGUGUCCAAUCACCAGACUUAUAUGCAGCAUAUGAGCCAGAAAAGGAAAUUGUCACUAGACGUCAGUUUGAACCAAAAUUUAACGCAGAUUGCGAAGCGACUAGAUCAGCGCCGACAACACUUGAAGAAAAUGUGCAAACUGUUGGGAUUAGACAAAAUUGGAAACGACACGUUGCACAGGCCUAACCCUUGGGAAUUUUUGGUGGACAAUAAGCAUCAUUUGGUAUGGUGCAAUAUCUUCAAGGCUGCCAGUACUUCAUGGAUGUACAAUUUCAAUAUUUUAGCUGGGUAUAGCCCAAACUUCUUGAAGAAAAGCAAAUUAGUGCCUAUGACUUUGGCUAGACAGAGAUAUCCUCGACCUUCUCUGCUGGCCCUCCAAAAAGCUUUCAACACUUCGAUAUCGUUCUUGAUAGUACGCCAUCCCUUGGAGAGGUUGCUUUCGGCUUAUCGCGAUAAGCUUCAAUACGCGCUUCCACACACUUAUCACAAGAAACUGGGAAACGAAAUCAUCAUGAAGUACAGAUACAAAAAAAAGAGACCCAGCACCAACCUACCGACUCAACGAUGGCCGACCUUCUCCGAAUUCGUCGACUACCUGGUAGAUUCCGCCAGGCAAGACCUAAGGCUGGACAUGCACUGGACGCCCAUCGUCGAGUUCUGCACGCCCUGCAUGUUCGACUUCCACGUGAUAGCGCACACGGAGACGCUGCAAGAGGACCAGAUGUACCUCAUAGAAUCGGCGAACCUUGGUGACCUCAUACGGCCCGAGUGGAGGAACGCAGGCAGAGGGACGACGCAGCAACAGGUGGCCAAGUACUACUCGCAGCUGACGAGGUCGCAGAUUCUGCAGCUUUACCACAUUUAUAGUUAUGACUUCGAGCUGUUCAAUUAUUCCAUACAAGGAUACCUUGAACUGGGUAUGCCAGAUAAGGAUCCCUAUUCCCUCCUAGAUGCAAUUACAAUGAAGGACUUUCGGAAAAACAACUCACCUAAGGUGUAUUGAAAUUAGUGCACCGCAGUACAAUUUUCAUCUGUUGCCGUAAUGGGCGAACAUAAAUGA